GUCCGGGGAGACGCGGAGGCCCGGGAGGUCCCGGCUCUCGCCGCCGCCGCCGCCGGCCGAGCAAACCGGGAGCGGGAUCGCGGGGCUACGCGCCGAGCCGGCGCGGUCAUGGCCGACUACUGGAAGUCACAACCAAAGAAAUUCUGUGAUUACUGCAAGUGCUGGAUAGCAGACAACAGGCCUAGUGUUGAAUUUCAUGAAAGAGGAAAGAAUCACAAGGAAAAUGUGGCCAAGAGGAUCAGUGAGAUUAAACAGAAAAGCUUGGAUAAGGCAAAGGAAGAAGAAAAGGCGUCCAAGGAGUUUGCUGCGAUGGAGGCAGCUGCCCUGAAGGCCUACCAAGAGGAUCUGAAACGGCUUGGCUUAGAGUCAGACAUUUCAGAGCCAAGUAUAUCACCAGUGACCAGCACUGUCCAGCCCACUUCUACAUCAACUCAACAGAAAGAGAAGAAGAAGAAAAAGGAAAAGAAAAAGAAAGACGCUUUGAAGGGUAGAUGGGUAGAAGGAGUAACGUCCGAUGGUCACUGUUACUAUUACGAUCUCAUCACAGGAGCAUCUCAGUGGGAGAAGCCAGAAGGAUUUCAAGGGAACUUAAAAAAGGCAGCAGCAAAGGCCAUUUGGGUAGAGGGUUUAAGUGAGGACGGCUACACCUAUUAUUAUAAUACAGAAACAGGAGAAUCCAAAUGGGAAAAACCUGAUGAUUUCAUUCCACACACUGGUGAUGUGCCGUCUAGUAAGGACAAUGAAAAGUCACCUGACACCCUAGAAGACUCCAAAUCGUCAGAUUCUCACAGUGAUUCUGAUGGCGAACAGAAGAAAGCAGGAGAGGCCUCUGUGGAAACGAAGAAACUAAUAAUAAAGUUUAAGGAAAAAAAUAAAAGUACUGAGAAAAAAACUGACCCAGAAAUACAAAAAGAAAAAAGUACCCCAAAACAGAAUCCAUCAAAUACAAACGAAGAAAAAUCCAAAACUCUUAAGAAAUCAACGAACCCUUAUGGGGAAUGGCAAGAAAUUAAACAAGAGGCUGAGUCUCAUUUUCUUUCUGUUCCAGGGAAGAGGUCGAUUUGGAACUUCCAAGCACUGAGAGUGAGUAUCUGUCAACUUCAGAAGCCGCUGCUGGAGAAAUCAAAGUGGUAUUUAAAGAAAAAACAGUCUCUUCUCUGGGAGUUGCAGCGGAUGGGGUGGCUCCCGUCUUCAAAAAGAGAAGAAUUGAAAAUGGGAGAUCUCGGAAUUUGAGACAGCGAGGUGACGAUGAGUGACUGUAAAGCCUUUCCUUCGACUGCUGUGGACAGAGGAGACGUGCCCUUUCCAAGCUUCUCUGUGUUUUGAGUACUAUAGUGCUGCAGUUUACAUUUAUGCUAAGUGUAUUUUAUGUGAAUCAAAAUAAAUCUUUUCAUGUGAAAUUUAUUUUUGUUCCUUAAAUGGAAGCCUACCACAUUGCAUUGUAAUACAGUGUAUUAUGUUCAAUGUCUAAAAUUGCUAACUAUAUGAUAAUUUAAGAUGCUAUGUAUCUGUUAUUUAAAACAUGGGGAAGACUCUUGCUCUGUUCUUCACUCAUAUGAGCAUACUUGUCCUGCAUUGAAAAUGCAUUCUUUCUGCACACUGAAAUUAACCUGUUACCUAAGAAAUAAGAAUCAGACACAGAAGUGCACAGCCGCAUGGCAGUUUGGUUUUGAUGGUCCUUUGCAGCCUGGAUGUAGAAAAGUUGACAUAUCAAGUUAAGACCAAAGAGCAGAAGCAGGAGCCACUCAGGUACUAAAGUGCAGAGCGACAGCUGGACCAGGCGUAGAAAGCUGCCCUUGCCCCAGGCCAGCUUACAGCAGCAAACUGUGGAAGCAGUUGAACUUGGGGCCGAGUAUCAGGGAACUGGAGGUAGUGCAGCUUCUGCCCUUCGCUUUCUAGAACAGUCCUUGCCCAGGCAGGCACUUUUCAUAGCCCUGGAUCCAUUGGAAAGUUUAAGGUAACAGACAAAAGGCUUGAACUAAAACAGAUUUCAUGGUCCACUUAGAUGUUGCCCAUUUUCUGGUUACAUUUCUUAAGUAGAAAUCUCAUAUUCUAUUUGAAGUACUUCCCUUUAUUACUUUUGCAUAUUUUUAAUUAUAUUUUUCAUAAGUUGUACAGUAUGUAACUUUUGGUAGCAAAUAUUUGUCUUUUUACAAUUGCUAGUGUAUAUGUAAGAAUAGCUUAUUAAAAAUCAUAAAAAAGUAAA